ACACUUGGCAAAAGAGAAGAAGAGGUCUUUAGUAUGUGAGCUGUAACUGAACUGGACUGGACUGGACUAGGCUUCUUCAGACAAGAAUCUUUGCAGAAGAAGUCAUUACAUCUCCCUGAGAUAUUUAAAAAAGAAGAGUUAUUUACAUCCUUUCUGGCCUUUGAGUAUGAGUGUGACUGAGAAGCCAGAGGAGUCGGGCUCCGUCCACGUCCCCGUGGAAAUGAUCACAUUUGGGAAACCACAGGUGGCGCCAGAGCUCACCAGCUUUAAGAAAUUGAAAAACCCCAUGACUGAGGUCCACAGCUUCUCCCACCUCCCACAUCGUUCUGCUGUGGACCUGGAGUUCAAUGACCUCUCGUACACCGUCCCUGAGGGCCCCUGGUGGCGGAGGAGAGGUAAAAAAGCCCUCCUCACAAGUCUGUCGGGAAGAUUCAGCAGCAGAGAGCUGAAUGGCAUCUUGGGGCCCUCUGGAGCCGGGAAAUCCAGUCUGAUGAAUAUUUUGGCAGGAUACAGGGAGACCGGCAUGAAGGGUCAGGUCCUCGUGAAUGGACACCCACGAGAGCUGCAGACCUUCAGGAAGAUGUCCUGCUACAUCAUGCAGGAUGACAUGUUAGUGGCACACCUCACAACAAAGGAGGCCAUGAUGGUUUCUGCCAAUCUGAAACUGAACGAGAGUCAGAAAGUCAAAAAAGCUCUUGUGAAAGAGAUCCUGAUGGCACUGAAUCUGGAGGAGUGUGCUCAGACGCGCACCAGCUGUCUCUCUGGAGGUCAGCGCAAAAGACUCGCCAUCGCCCAGGAGCUGGUCAACAAUCCCCCGGUCAUGUUCUUUGACGAGCCCACCAGUGGUCUGGACAGCAUGUCCAGCUACCACGUGGUUUCUCUGAUGAAGUCUCUGGCGAAGGGCGGGCGGACAAUCAUCUGCACCAUUCAUCAGCCCAGUGCCAAGCUCUUUGAGAUGUUUGAUAAGCUGUACAUCCUCAGUCAGGGUCACUGCAUAUACACAGGCACCGUGUCUCACCUCAUCCCUUUUCUGAGGAAUGUGGGCCUCGACUGCCCAAAGUAUCACAACCCGGCGGAUUUCAUCAUCGAGGUGGCAUCGGGGGAGUAUGGAGACCUGAAUCAUAUACUGUUUGAGGCUGUCAAGGGUGUCCUGUGCAUCAGGGAGGGAAAAGAAAACAAGAUCUCAAGGAAAGAUUGUUCACCUCAUUCUCAGCAUCACGGUGACAAAGGGAACCCGGAGAAACGGACGUUUAACACCAAUACGUUUACACAGUUCUGGAUCCUCUUAAAGAGAAACCUAGUGACCACAUGCAGGGAUUUGGUUCUGACCCACUUUCGGAUCAUGUCCCAUCUUUUUAUCGGAGUGCUUAUUGGCUUGCUUUAUCUCAAAAUUGGAAACGAUGCCAGCAAGGUCUUCACCAACACUGGUUUCCUCUUUUUCUCUAUGCUCUUCCUGAUGUUUGCUGCCCUGAUGCCCACUGUCCUAACCUUUCCUCUGGAGAUGUCAGUGCUUAUGAGGGAACAUCUGAACUACUGGUACAGUCUGAAGGCCUAUUACUUGGCCAAAACCGUGGCUGACAUUCCAUUCCAGGUGAUUUGUCCAGUCAUGUACUGUAGUAUAGUUUACUGGAUGACCGAGCAGCCACCGGAAGCUGUUCGCUACCUGCUGUUCGUAGCCUUGUCCAUGUCCACAGUAGUAGUAGCUCAGUCUGUGGGUCUCCUCAUAGGUGCUGUGUCACCAUCUCUGCAGGUGGCAACCUUCUUGGGUCCAGUCACAGCGAUACCAAUGCUCCUCUUCUCUGGCUUCUUUGUCAACUUUGACACCAUUCCCAAAUACCUGCAGUGGAGCUCUUAUGUCUCCUACAUUAGGUACGGCUUUGAAGGUGUGAUCCUGUCCAUCUACGGGAUGAACCGCACUGAGCUGGAGUGUCCGGACUCGACAUGUAUCUUCCAAAAGCCUGAAGAGGUCCUGCAGCUGCUGGAUGUGGAGGAUGCAAAGCUGUACGUGGAUUUCAUAGUGCUGGGGAUUUUCUUCCUGAUCCUCAGAGUAUCGACUUACCUGGUCCUGCGCUACAAAGUCAAGUUAGAGCGUUAACAACCAGAGGCAACCGACGGAUUCUUGUGCUGAUGGACCCCGAUCGACUUCACAUUCAUGCAGUCAUCCAGAUGUUGUGCUGCAUCAUUACCAGUGGUGAUUUUGGUCUGGAAUUUCUCAGACAUUCCUCUCAUACCCGCCCUUGCUUCAAAUCAGCCAAUGAGAAGCGCUCUGGGGCCCUGAACUUCAGGCCCCACUGCCCGGAUCAGACAUCAAGUGUCUACAGAGGAAAGUGCAUUCAUCAAAUGAAAACUGUGGACAUUUCAUUGGGGACAAAGUUUAUUAUAAAGUUUAUUUAUAGAGUUUAUUAUUGACUUGUGCUCAACGACAUUUUUGACACAGGAAAACACUUAUAAUAGCAGCGCCCUCUGGUAGGGCCAUGCAGGAAUCCCUGUUCUAAGUAGUCUUUACAACUGUGACGUAUAUCUAGUGAGAAUGAGAAUGAUGAACAUUUCAUAGUAGGUGACACUUGUUUUUACACAUUUAUGUCCUGAUCUCUGGCUCCUUUAAAGAUAGCGAGAAACGUGGGUGUCAUAGAUCAUGUUGCCUCGGUCGCUUUACACUAUUCAAUAUAAGAAAAAUCUGGCAUACCUAAGUCAACAGGCUACUCUACUCCUAGUACAGGCUUUGUUCAUCUCCCGCCUCGGCUACGGCAACACCCUGCUAACGCCCUGCUACAGGCCUCCCGAUGGUCCAGAACGUCUUCAGUCAGCCUAAAAGGUCUCCCCUCCGUUCAUUGAGCUCCUCUGGCUAACCCAAACCCUUAGCCGCCCACAUUGGUUGUACAUCUUAUUUUGUAUUGACAUAACUUUAUAUUUACAUUGGAUGCAGUAUUUGAGCUAGUUUUACUUUAUCUAAAGUGUAACAUCAUCUUGACAAAAAGAAACUUUUCACGAAGAACAGUUAAUAAAAAAAACAACUUUAAAACUCUCUUUUCUUUAAAAAAAAAAAAAAAAAACAUAAAA